GCGGAGUCUCUAAAAACUAGCCGAGCGUGGGUUUAACCAUACCUUCCUCAUCACCAUGCGCGGUGGCUUCCAAAUGGUGUGAAGUGACUACUAUGGCCUUACUCCGUUCCUCCGGGCUGCCUAUACCUGAGGUAUACGGAUACUCUCCUGCGCCGGACAACGCGGCAGAGACCGAGUAUAUCUUUAUGGAAUUCGUUGAAGGCACUAGCUUGAGCGACAUAUGGUUUGGUUUUAAGGAAGGGGACAUAAUUUCAAUCUCACGCCAACUUGCUGAACUCGAGUCGAAGAUGAUGUCGAUUGCUUUCCCGGCUGGUGGAAGCCUGUACUAUAUAAAAGACUUGGAGAAGGUGGCCGGGAGGCCGGGCAUCCCGUUAGAGGACGAACAUUUCUGCAUCGGUCCAGAUACAAGACUGCCUCUGUGGUAUGGCAGGAGAUCACAGCUCGACGUAGAUCGAGGACCAUACGAAAGUGCCGAAGCAGCACUCGUAAGAAAAGCUGAAAAGGAACUAGCUUAUCUGGAGCAGUUCGGUCGAUCGCUGUUGCCGUUCCAGCACGUAAGGAGGGAAGGUUGCCAGCACCAGGAGCAGCCACCAUCGGAUCACAUCGAGAACCUGCACCGCUAUCUCUUCAUCGCAUCGUCACUCAUCCCUAGAAACCCGGCCCUCGAUCAUUUCUGCAUCUGGCAUCCCGGCCUCCAGCCAAGCAAUAUCCUCAUUUCCAGGUCAUCUGACUCUAACUUGCACAUCAUCGGCCUGAUCGACUGGCAACACGAACAAGCCGGGUUGGGGGAGGUCUCACGGGCAGUAGUCGAUACGGUUAUUCUACGACGUCGUAUAUUCAAUCAUGUAUUCUACCUUUCAUACAAUUGCAUGAUACUCCGACUAUUGCGGUGAGACCCCUCGUUCUUACCGGAAGUUUCUUCAGCGUAUCGCGAUAUAACGUCCGCAAGGGAAAAGAACAUCAUGCAUGUUCCCCUCGACGCGGAGAAUGGUCGAGAAAGGACAGCGGGCCACCAU